CCCGACUCUGAUCAGGGCAAACUUUCCAAAAAUUUACAGUCGCCAGAUUUUCAAUAUUCUAAUAGCCUAAAUGGCGACCAGUUAUGAAUUUUUUGUCGACCAUUUCAGUAGACUAAAUUGAGGACUGCUUUAUCACUUCCCCUGGCUAGAUGACAAAAAGAUCUAUUCACUGGUUUCGCAAAGGGCUGCGUCUCCAUGACAACCCAGCUUUAUUGGCUGCUUGUGAGAAUGCUGUUGAUGUUAAACCAAUUUUCAUCUUGGAUCCAUGGUUUGCCAGUAAUGCAAGAGUUGGUGUGAAUAGAUGGCGAUUCCUGUUACAGACACUACAAAACUUGGACCAAAGUUUGAAAAAAUAUAAUUCUAGGUUACAUGUUGUUAGAGGUACUCCAGGAGAGGUUUUUCCUGAACUGUUCAAGCAAUGGGAGACAACUCACUUGACCUUUGAACUUGACAUUGAACCUUAUGCCAAGGUCAGAGAUGCUGCAGUUAAGUCACUGGCAGAAAAGUCAGGUGUUGAAGUGAUGACAUUUGUUUCCCAUACCCUGUAUGAUACUGAUAAAGUUAUCAAAGCUAACGGUGGAAAUCCUCCAUUGACCUACCAACGUCUACAAACGGUUCUCUCAAAAAUGGGAGCACCUCCUAAGCCUGUUGAGGGACCAAAAGAAAUAACGACCAAAAUAGCAGCCAAUCAUGAUACAGAGUAUGGUGUACCAACCAUGGCUGACCUUGGGAAGGAUGAUGCUGAAUGUGGACCACUGCUGUUUCCUGGUGGUGAAACAGAGGGUCUGAAGAGACUGGAUACUAUGAUGAAGAAAACAAAUUGGGUGUGCAAGUUUGAAAAGCCCAAAACAGAGCCUAACACCUUGGCACCAUCCACAACCGUGUUAAGUCCAUACUUAAAAUUUGGCUGUGUUUCUGCAAGAACCUUCUACCAUGAGGUACAGAAAGUUUACAGCCAAAACAAGAAUCACACUCAGCCCCCAACAUCAUUAUUAGGACAGUUAUUCUGGAGGGAAUUUUAUUAUGUCAUUGCCUCUGUGUCACCAAACUUUGACAAGAUGGAAGGGAAUCCAAUCUGUACACAGGUCGACUGGGAUGAUAAUAAGGAAUACUUAAAUGCUUGGAGAGAGGGAAAAACUGGUUACCCAUUUAUUGAUGCCAUAAUGGUCCAGUUAAAGACUGAAGGUUGGAUCCAUCACUUAGCCAGGCAUGCAGUGGCUUGUUUCCUGACCCGAGGAGAUCUGUGGUGUCACUGGGAGGAAGGAAUGAAUGUAUUUGAGGAAUGGUUGUUAGAUGCUGAUUGGUGUCUGAAUGCUGGUAAUUGGAUGUGGCUGUCUGCCUCAGCAUUCUUCCAUCAGUACUUCAGAGUGUAUAGCCCUAUAGUCUUCGGCAAGAAAACAGACAAGGAUGGAAAUUAUAUCAGAAAGUACUUACCACAACUAAAGAAUUUUCCCACACAGUACAUUUAUGAGCCGUGGACAGCACCACUGAAAGUCCAAGAGAAAGCAGGGUGUAUUAUUGGGAAAGACUAUCCAAAACGUGUAGUUGAACAUGAUAAAGUGAGGGAGAAAAAUAUAAAACGAAUGGCUGAGGCAUACAAAAAAAGGAAAGAGGGCAGUAGUAAGGGUAUUACUGAGAAGAGAAAGACUGAAGGCAGUGAGGAUGGGACUCCAAAGAAAAAAAGAAAAACAGGGGGAAAUAACUCUAAAAUAACAGACUUUGUCAAAAAAUCGAAAUAAUGUUAAAUGAUGAAAGACUAAUUAAGGCCAUAACUACCUCAUUAACGUUAAACUUUGAAAAGACAUUUAGAAAUGAUAUGUCAAUAAUAAAUUGUGCAGUUCAGCAUCAAGCAUUUGUUUGUUAGCAUACCUUGUCGAAAGGGCUGUACAAGAAUAUAGUCUUACCAAUUUGUAGUCCACUGAACAGAACAUAUUUAUUUAUGUAGAAACGAAGAGAAGUCCAUGAUGAAGUAUACUGGUUUCUUUUAAGGAAGCAUUGUUUUGUUUGGUCCUUGAUUUAAUUGAAGAUGCUACCUUGUUAUCAUAGGAACUUCAAUAAUGUAUGUUUGAUUAAUGUCUAUUAAAAGAGUAAUGCAGAAUAAAGUGUGAACGCAAAUGAU